CCAAAGUAGGCUAUUGCUUUUCGGAUUUUUUACAAUUAUUAUUUUUUUUUAUAAUUCAUUCGCAUUGGCCUACUAUAUUAAAUUCAGUCGUUCAGAAUAUUCAGGUGAAAUAUUGGGUGAUUAUGUCGAGCAGAGACGGUAACGUUAGAUAACGGGACAUGUCAGGCAACAAGAACACGUUUCUGCAGCGCUAGAAGUAACUGUACAACCUGUGAAUUAUAUUCUGCCUGACAAUAGUCGGUUCUCGCUUCUGAUUGGUCCAUAUAAAUCUCGAGCAUCGCGGAAAAGUAGUUUCAGGCGUGGGCGAAACUGCGCUGGAAGUCGCUUGUUCUGCUAAUGAAACAGUUGAAAGAAGACCUCAAGUCCAAAAUGAGCCAAUCUUUGGAGGAAGAAGAAACCUUCUCUGAAAUCAGCCUCAUUUUGGGGAAAGAGGCUGAAAAGGAAACAUCUGAUGAAGCCGCAGGCCCUGUGAACAUGAGUUUGUGUGCUCCUUCCAGGCUGGGGAGAUCUGGCUCACCUGUGCCCAGUGUUCAGACAAUGCAGACAGACCGUUCCAAGGAUGAGCCACCAGACUUCAGCAAGGAGAUGGAGCCCAUGGGAUCCAGAGACCAGACUAGCCUGGUAGAAACCCAUUUGCACACACAGUGCGGAAAGAGGGUUGGAGCUCCAUCCAGGUCUGGAGACACGGUCUGUGAUGUCUGCUCUGAGGGACGGGCCAGAGCUGUGAAAUUCUGUCAGACUUGCUCUGCGUAUUACUGUGAGACACACAUCAGAGAACAUUACACUGCAGAGGAACUGCAGAGACAUAAGCUAGCCGACAUUACUGAUGCCUGCCAGCAGGAGGAGACAAAGCAACAAGUGGGAAAUUCUCAAUAUCUGCACCAAAAUGGUUGGAGACAAGAAGGGAAGUCUGGAAGGAGACCUGCACUUCAUGAUCUGAGGAUUGUGCUGUUGGGAAAGACUGGAGCAGGAAAGAGUGCAACCGGAAACACCAUCCUGGGGAGAGAGGUGUUUAAAGAGGGGUUUUCCCCUAAUUCUGUCACCUUUAAGUGUGAGGAACAUAGUGGAGAGGUGGCAGGGAGACAUGUUACUGUGAUCGACACACCUGGGAUCUUUCAUACAUCUCGUUCUUUUGAUCAAAUCACGCGUGAAAUGGUAGAAAGCAAGAGCCACUUUUUCCUGCUUGUGAUCAGACUGGGGAGGUUCACAGAGGAAGAGAGGGCCACUCUAAAAUGGAUCCAGGAGAAUUUAGGAGAAGAGGCUUUGCAGUACACAAUGGUGCUUUUCACGGGAGGAGAUGAGCUGAGAUCACCAGUGGAGGAGUUUCUGAGUGAAGGCAGCGGUCUUCAGGAGCUCAUCCACAGCUGCGGUGGUGGAUAUUACGUCUUCAACAACAGAGACAGAAAGAACCGCACUCAGGUUGCAGAACUGCUGGAGAAGAUUGAUACUGUGCUGUUUAGUAUGACAGGAUACCAUCAUGCCAUUACGAGGAUCCAACAGGUUCAAAGAAUGAUACAAACAGACGAGGAGAGAAAGAGGGAGGAAUCUGAGAGAGAGAUCAGAGAAGAGGAGGAGAGAAAGAGGGAGGAAGAGAUCAGAGCAGAGGAGGAGAGAAAGAGGGAGGAGUCUGAGAGAGAGAUCAGAGCAGAGGAGGAGCUGGCUGGGUGUCCUAGCAACCGUCGCCUGGUGAAGGUGGAAGAGGGCGGGCCCUCUCUCCCCGGCCGCUUCACCGUCUUGGUGAACUUAUUCUCGGGUCACUACGACCCCAUCUUCCUGCACUGCAGUCUGAGCGUGUGUGACCCCACGCAGGCUGCCUGCUCCCAGGUCAGUCCUUCCUCCUCCUAG